AACUUGGUUUGACUUUUGAGGACGAACGUUCGAUCUCGAAAACUGGCGGAUAUUUGUGCCAAAAAAUGCCGAGAAUCGGCAACCGAUAUCUUUAGUUUUUCCGGUAUCCGGCUUGCAUACGUUUGACAAGCCGGCAUUCACGUCCAAUAGGAACGCAGAGUUACUGCCGCACGCAACCAAUCGGAGAGUGACUGCGUCACGUGGGUUUGUUGACGUGAGCCCCGGCCGGCUAAAGGACGAAAACCUGGCAGAACGAGUCAAGAACUGUAAACGAAUAGUCGGUUAACAAAUUUUAUGCUACUAUUUUAACGAAAAGGAACUUCAAAUUAAUUCAGUGUUCUUUAUCAACGAAUUAGUAAUUAGUUGUUCCUAUCCUUCAGCAUUAUUUCCUCGAUUGUUGGAGUGUGUAUUAAUUCAUAAUUUUUCAUAUUUUUGUUCGCAACGAAAUGUGUCCGGACUUCGUGUGAACAUGUCGACUGGUAAAAGACUAGCGAAGCGUUCCAUUCUGGGCACAAGGGUGUGCGCCCCGAAUGCUGAAGGGGUUUUCGUACCCGGUGUCAUCCAAGCUACCAGGACAGAUGACCAUCGCAACGUUUACACUGUCUGUUUGGACGAUAAGACGGUGUGCGAAUACGGACAGGCCGAUCUUGUAGGCCCAGGAUUUAAAAAUGUAAUAGAUGUGAUUUUGCAGAGGGGGCAGCGUGUGUAUGUCACCCAUAAUGGACGAGAAGUGAAAGGAGUGGUGUGCGAUCAUCGACCAGAUACUGACGAGGUGGAACUAAGUCUUCCUUCGGUGGGACUAGCUUUGAAGAAGAGACUGGAAGAGGUUCGGUUGAUCGAGAGCCGGAAAUCGGCGAGACUGCUGGACUUGGAUACGGAUUAUUCACGUUUGGCCGAUGGUCAGCCGGAACCCAGGAGAAGGGCGUCAUCCCUCAGCAUCGAUGUACCUUACGGUCAGAGUGGACGCAAGCGACGGUCAAGUGCGGACGACGGCGUCAUGGACGAUUGUAUGGCAGCCAUGGUGCUCAUGAGUCUUUCCUGUAGUCCGAAAUCACCUUGCUUGCCCAUCAAUGGAUGGUCUCCUCCGGCCAUUGCCAGCAGCUCAGGUGCCUCCAGCUACUGCUCGGGUGGGGGAGGGUCCACAAGAGCGACCCCUUCGCCUCCCAUGAUGGAUUCUGGUCAGACAGAUGAAGGCAUCGACUCGGACGCUUCUUCGUCUUUCACGGCAGACGAUUCUUUCCCAGCUCCCAAGAGGAAGAGUCCUUGCCGCACUAAAGUAGUCUUUCAGUGUACGUGGCCAGGUUGCGGCCAGCAAUAUGAUGAAUGCGAACAAGUAGAAAGACACGUCAGGACGCAGCAUCUCAAAAGAGCCGGAGAUGCUUUGGAUUCGGAAGGCAGUGAUCACGAGGAGGAGUUCUACUACACGGAAAUGGAGGUGGAGAGCCCAUCGAGCCCCUUCUUGCAAGGUUCUAUCUAUUCCUCUUCAGUGCCCACCCUCAGCCAUUUGGACAUGGCACGACCCGCUCAUGAGGACCCGGAGUACAGAAAGCAAUCACAGGCGACCGGUCCCACUUUCACACAGGCCGCUCCCAUCUCAAUACCGCAGCUCCAGAAAUCCACCGCUUGGAAUCUGCACGGCUACGCAGCGAGCGCACCCAGCAACAUGGGCUCACCGCAAAAGUGCAUGCGUCUCAGCAUCAAAUCCACUUCCUCGCCCAGCAAAGCCUCCUCCCCCCUCCACCGGAGAACGCGAUCCGAGAGCCGCAAGUGCCGCAAAGUAUACGGCAUGGAGAACAGGGACAUGUGGUGCACACAGUGCAAAUGGAAGAAAGCUUGCACCCGAUUCGUCGACUGAACGCUACUCUUUGGAUGCUUCCUCUUUUCCGAUAGCUCUUCUGUAGGACGUUUGAGUUUGCUCACGAAUUGGGAUGAAGUAUUCGUCUCGAACGGACGAAGGGGGACGUUCAGUACAAGCUAUGCAAGUGACUUUUUUGAGAGCCCCUCGAACAUCAGACAACAAGGGCGAAGGACACGACGUAUACUUACAUCAAUACUCAAAUGACCUUGAGUCGAUUUUUACAUUUUUUUCUGUUAGAUUUUUAUCUUCUACUGGGGUAUUUUGGGUUUGGAUCUGUAUUAUUAUUUAAGACAGAGGCUGCCUGCAUGGCAGAAGACUUUCGAGUCAUAAAUUAAUUUAUAUUUUUCUCAUUGUGUGUAUAGAUAUUUUAUUAUGAAUCAUCAAAAUAUAGAAGUGUUUGAAUCAUUUAUCGCUGCGCUGCGCAGUCUAUUAAUUAUGUGCAAUUCAAUUGCACGUUGUUAUCGACAAAUGAGUGACAUUAUUUAUAUAUCAAAUUCUAUCGUUUUUGAAUCGUAUUAUUUUGUUUGCAUUCAUGUUACUCCGCUCAUUUAUACUGUUGACGAUUUGGAUCUCAAGAUAUGUUUAGAAGUCUUCUCAACCCGAAUUGUUCUGAAUAAGACCUAGAACAAUUAUGCCUUAUACAAAUUAUCAAGUACAUGACCAUGCAAUUUUUUUGUGACAAAAUACAAUUUUUUCUCACCACCUGUUGUAUUGUACAGUUAAACUUCCUAUAUUGCGAUGACGCAAUGCCCGUCACUUUAUGUGAUAUGAAUUUUAAAGACAAGGCAAUAAUUCAAAGUAAUGAAUAUUACUCCAUCAACUGUCGUCAGAUUUCAGCAGUUAUUUUUUAUUUGUAUAAAACGAGUCAGCACAUUUACAAACAAUAAUUGUAUACUACUCUUUUUUCCUCAAUUUGAUUGCUCAUAAGUGUUUUGGCCAAUCAUGACCGUGAUUAUAGACUUUUAUAUUUAUAUGUAAAUAAUUCCGUUUAGUCUAUUUGAAUUUAGUAUAUAGAGAUAUAUUAUAUAUAUUAUAUAGAGAGAUAAGAAAAUUAUGUAAAGAGAUUUUUAUUCGGCUUGCAGCUGUUAAUUGUUUAUUUGAUCGCCAGAUGGCGACUGAGUAGAAUUUGUUUGACGAAUUGAUUGCCGAACUGAGCUCUCUAAGUUCGAGUCAGUUAAUUGGAGAAUGAAAUUUUAUACCAAGUUUCACUGCCUAGUCAAUAUUUUGUAUGACCAGUAAAGUUUAACUGAUAUAUUACAUAGUUUACACUCAAGUUUUUUUUCCGUUUACUGCCAUUUAUUUGUUUGUUGUUAAUUUAAAUAGAGAAAGUGAGAAAAAUAUUUAAAAAAAAAAAGAAAGAAAGAAAGGAUUAUAUUUAAUCAAUACUUUUGAUAAAAGCGAAUUCGAUCAUCUGCUAAAUCAGAUCUAUUUUUUAUCAAAAUCGCUUCGAUGAAGUCACCGUCAUAGAAGCGAUAAACAAACGGAAAAUAUUUAUAUUAAAAAAAAAAAAACACUAUGCAAUAUAUUUAUAUUCUAUAGAAUAUCUUCUUUUAUUCAUAUUUUAAAAACUGAAAGAAAUUUUAUUUUAUUACGAUGGAUUUAAAACUUGGGAGAAACUCAAUCGCUGCAAUAAAUAAGACGUCUAAAAUAAGAAUGCACAUUUCCUGGACAAUGGGUAAUAUAUACUUAAUCGAAUCGGUAAGAAUCCCGAAUCCUUCGGAUUUCAAUCAAAACCGAACUUGAAUCGAACGGAACACCAGUGAACUGCAUUUGUGCAAGAUCGCUGAAAAUCGUCUGCGUCUUUACCUGACUUUGACCGAGAGAUUUCUUCACCAGUGAGAAAAGCUAGUUGUACCUGAUCUAAUAUCCAAAAAACGAACCAUAGGUCAACGGAUGCUUGAUACCAAUUCGCUUCAAUCUUUUUGUACAGAUCAUUUUUAAGCAUUAUUUAAAUUAAAUGUCAAAUCUAAAGAUAUAUCUAUUUUAUGUGUUUGAAGAGUUUUAUUCCUUAAAAUCUAUUGUAUACAUAUACUUGCAUGUAUUAUACAUAUAUAUUAUCGAUGUCUGUCAUAUUGUAGAGGAUCUUUAGCAUUUUCGGCAUGAAGAGCCAAGGUUUUCCAACCUAUGUUUCUCACUCAUAGUGACCAAAAUUGACAUCUGUAGUGCCUUUCUUCCAGCUGCAUUUGGGUAUGGAAAAAACCUUAGCGUACGCUGCAUCGUCUGCUGGAUUUUUAAAAGACAAUUAUUAUCAUUGAGCAAUAAAACGAAUACAACGAAAAUAGACUUGCCGGUUCUUUUUAUCAUUCCAUUUUGCGUAAUGUUGAUGAUAAUAAAUAAAUUAUUGAGUACUAGAUGCAUCGAAUGGCUGCAAUAAUGAGAAUUUAACAAACUGUUUUCUAUGCCUUAGUGAAUAAAUUUGAAAUUUGAAUCACCCAAAUCGUUCUGAUUUAUAUUGAACAUAAAUAAUUUGAUACAUUCCUAUACUAUCGAUAACAUUGUUUCUUAAGGAACAUGUGAGAAAAGUAAUAUAAGUAAUUUGCAAAAAGAAUAUUUCUUUUGAAUUUACUCGUCAAUUUUUUAUAUGAUAAUAAGUAAUAACACUUGGAGCGAACUGACGAUGAUAAAAAAAAAAAAUAAUGAGAUGAUUAUUCUUUAAAAGAAUAAUAAUUCUUGAAUUCAAACAUUAAUUUUUUGUUCUCGAGUCUGGAUGUAAUUAAAAUAUUUUUUUGCGUGAACUUAUUUCUAUUUUUGAAUAAGCAAAUUAAAUAAAGCAAAAUGCAUAUAAUCGUCUGAAAGUGACAAAUUAUAGAAAGGAACGAAAGAUUGUGAUUAAUUUUAAUAUUAAAGGUUAAGCAGCAUUUACAAAAAAAAAAUUCUAUAGAGGGAGAGGGGGAAUGUGAGAAUGUGGGUGAACGACCUUGAAUCUUCAGAUGGUAGUUGGGUGUUGUUGACUGCUUGUGUUUUAUACUACAUUUAUAAACAAUCGCUUCCUUGCACACUAUAUGCUUUUGCCCAUAGCUAUUUGCCGUGCCAAAUACGUAGGAUGGCAACAAUUAUUUUUGUUUGUAACGGGCAUUGCAAAAGCAAGAUUUAGAAUUUUCAAUAUUCUCUUCUGCACCGCAUUACAACGUCUCAGGCAGUUAAAAGCCAUGUUGGUAUAUAUAUAUUUGUAAAUUGUGCUCAAGUUGAUAGAUGAUCUUGCAUUGUUCCGAUAGUUGAAUUUCGCUGAUGUUGAAUUGUUUGAGAAGAACGAAACAACAACAGGGGGCCACUUGAUACAAAAAGAUUUUCAAAUCAAAAUAUGUAAAUAUUGAAUUCCUUAUGACAUAAAUUUUUCAAAACUUACUACUUACACAAAUCACUAAUUUGCAGUAAACAAAAACAAAACAAAUUAUAGUGUUUAUUUGGUUUGCAAAUCUAAUUUGCCCAUGUGUACAUGGCUGUAUGUAUAAUUGUGUGUUUGUAUGUAAAUAUUUUAAAAGCCAAUAAUUUUCAAAUUCUUAGGCUUAUGCUAUUUUGAAAAUAUGUUAAAAAUUUAUCUUAAAUGAUUUAACUAAUGUCAUUAUUAAAAGAUAACUAUUAUUCCAUGAUUAAUCUUUCUAGUACGAAUCAUAUUGUUGAAAUUUUAAUUUACUAUUUAGUAUAAAGAUGAUUUUUAAAUCGGAAAAAAGUGUAUAAAUCCACAUGUAUUAACAAACUAUGUAUACAGCCGCUAAUGACUUUAACGCACACUGAAGACAUUUAAAAAAGUGGUUGGACAACUGCAAAGUGCUAAUGGAACAUUUCAAUAAGGGAAAAAAAAAACUUUUUUCUUACAAUUUAUUGAAAAAAUUUUUAAAUAUGGUAGCAUUUAAAAAAAAAAUAGAUUCAAUUAGUUCGAAAAUAAUUAAAUUAUAAAUAAAUAUUCUAUAUAUUUUUAUGUACGAUUCAUUUUAAUGCAUAAAUAUUUUCGUUAAAAUGCUAUAUAUAUAUAUAAAAAAUACCUUUUAUAUGAAAAUAUUUUUGAAGUUCCCUUUCUAUUUUUAAAUCUUUUAAGUAACAGAAAAGUCUUUCAUUAUAUUUUCUUAAAAUAUUUUUCAACUACAAAAAUGACCUGCAGCAAAAAAUCAACCAUUGCUUUCUGUUUGGUUCGUGCGAAAUGUUCCUUUCGCCGCAACAGCAGUUGUUGUUCUGAACUGUAAAGGUUUUUUCGUUCUUCUCCGCUUGUAUAUUGCUUUGUAUAAAUAUGUACAUAAGUAUAAAGAAAUGCUAUCGUCCAUUAAUAUAUUCUAAAUGUAUGUACCAGUAAAUCGUUAUCAUAUCAUGUUGUUCUAUUUGAAGCUAAAGAUUUCAUUUGAUGAAAUGUUUUUUUUUUAAUUCAUAGAUUUGUGCUUGUUUUUGAAUUGAUUAUCAAACUAGCCAUGGGAAAUUUCCUUUCCAGAAAGAUGGACAAAAAACAUUUCUACAAUUUAUAUCAUCCAGCUUAUUUUUUUAAUCUACAAAAGUAAUAAUUCCUUAAUCUUAAAGCACAUUUAUGAAAUACUUAAUCAAAAUAUUUCACAAUAUUUAUAAUCGAGAAAAAUCAUUGGUUCUUAAUAUAAUCCUUUGUGUUUAUAUAUGGGAAGAGUUUAAUCUCCACAGAAACUGAAUUUUUUUAAAGACUUUUUCAAUAUAUUUUUCGAUAUUAUUAAAUUUUAGAAUUGAGUUAAUACAUUUUGUGCUUGUUACAAAAAAAAUAAAAAAAGAAUAAUCUUAAUUCUUAGAUCAUUUGAAUGUUGAAUUUCAUGAAUAUAUGAUUUUUUUUUAACAAAAAACGAAAUAACAUACAAAGUACUAAACUUGGAAUGAUCAGUAUUUUAUCGAUAUGAUCUAUUUACAUUUUCAAAGUUUUCUAAGAUUGUAUUUUAUUUUUAACUGAAGCCGAUUUUUUGUGAUAUUAAAUUUUAUAAAUGGUUUUUAUCUUUUGAUGUGCGCAAAUGGUCCGGUAAUUAUUAAUUGAAUCUUUAAUAACACUUUUAGUGGCAUCAGUUAUUUCUCCAUACAUAAAUAAAAAUUGUUUUAAAUAAAUAUUUAAUUAAACAAUAUUUGUCUAAUGGACAAAGAGGAAUUCUCUUUAAAAAAUUGCCCAAUUUUACUAAUUAAUUGACAUAAAUUGGAGAUAUAUAUUGUAUUUGUUGCAUAACAAUUUUUUGUCCAACUUUCUAUGUGGUGAUUGUUACUUUUGUUAUAAUUUUGCAAAGUUUUAUGCUGGUUGUGGUUUAUGUGUAAAUGUCUAUUCUAAAGUGUUGUUUAUUCUUAGAUAUUAUAUCACUCACUAUGCAAUUCACAGGCUUUUCUUAGUAACUGCACAAUAUAGAAGAUUCCUCAUGUUAAAUAUGAGGAGAACUUCGAAUCGAACGGCUGUGCAAGGCCUCAGACUGACUAGCUGAUUUAAGUUUGCUUUUAGCAAAUGAUUUCUUUUUGUCUGGUACGGCGGAUUAUUAUUAUUUUUUGUUUUGCCAACUUAUUUUUUAAAAAGAUUUAUUUUAUUAUUGUGUUUUUGCCAAGAAGAGAAAAUAUAUUUACUAACUUAAAAUGUUUUAUAUAAUAUUUUAAUAGUUACACAAAAAAUUGGCUAGUCUUUUAAUUUUAAAAUAUUUUUUAUUUGCGUUUAUUUGUGUAUUUUACGAUAUAGAUGAAAUUUGAAGCUUUACAUUACACUUGUAGAAUCAGUUCGAGAUAUUUUGGAAGGAGAAAAUUCCACCAAAAUGUGCUAAAAUUCGCGUCGUUGGAUGCCGAAUCCGUUAUUUCAAAGCAGUCAGGUCGUAUAACUUAACGUCUGCAUAUCGCAUGCAGUUCUGCAUUUACCCAAGACCAAACAAUCUUGCACAGUCUUAUCAAAAUAUAUUUUGUGAUCUCAGUAUUUGUUUCGGAUCACUCACAGAUAUUUUCGUAUGGAGCAGAAUUCUAUUUUUAUUUUUUCCAGACACAUCCAAAGACCUUUCUUUCUCGUCAUUUCAGGCAUUAUUCAUAGUUAAAUGUGUUUUGUAAAGAUUCAUCAUGUUUAUAACAAAUAAAGCUAAUUUUUUUUUGUC